ACUUUUGGACGCUUCGGACGUAUUCGUUGCUCUUGGGAAAAUUAUUACCUGUGGCAUUCGCGUGUGUUACCUGUACCUGUAUUUUGGAUUUACAGUUACUAACAAGUUAUGUGCGCUUGAAUGCCAAAUUUAAUUGCCGCUCUUUGCAUGUUGGCCAGCUGUAAUUUGAAAACGUUUUCGAAAAGCGAGUAAAAAAACGACUUUCUGUUUUCACCCCCCUUAACUUUCAUUUUUCUUGCUCGUCGUCGGCUUGCCAUUGAAAAAAGUGUCAAAAUCCAGGUGCUAACCAGCCAUAAAAUACAAUAAAAUAUCUGAAAAAAAAAUAUAUUAAGUUGUGAAACGCGUGUGUGACUUGGUCAAUUUUUGGAUUAUGGCUCUCAUGGACACCGCCUGGCGCUGCCGCCUCAUGAUCUUCGCCAUCGUCUCCCUGCUGCUAGUGGGCGAUCUCUUCGGAUAUGGCGGCGGCAUGAAGUCCAACCACCCCGAUCCGCACUCGGUGAGGUCGGGGGGCGGAGCGGGGGCGGGUGGUGCCCCAACGGGUCCGGCGGCUGCGGCGGCCAGCAAGUUCCAAUCGAAGAAUGCUGAAAUCGAUAUAACUGAAGAGCACGAUUUUAAUGAGCUCACGGCAGCGGCUCAAUCCCUCAAGCCGGGAAUGGCAGUGGUUACGGGGGCGAGUCUGAAGACCAAGUCCCAGUUGACGGACACCAUCAAGGAAUCGUGUCUUCCCAAGAUGCUCUGCGAACUGGCCUCCAAACCGGAGUACCAACUCAGCGAAAAAGAGCGGGAAUUGCUGAGACUGAUCCGAUCUCCAACAAUGCCCUGGAUGAUGAACAUGCCGCCGAGCAAAUGGUAUUUCGCGGCUCACAUGGGCGAACUAAUGCGCCACACGGGCGACAAUCUCAGUGGACCGAUGGGAUGUGCCAAUCUCUGGCCAAAUUGCCCGAUCAGUUCCAAGAAGCUAAUGAAACUCAGCUACAAGGUGAGGGUCUAACCCUGCUAGACCCCCGGGAUCUGUAUCUGUAUCUUAAGUUUCACCUCAACUUUUGUACCAUAUGUCUUCACCGUUGGAUUACCUUACCUUGUAAACUACCUUAUAUUUAGAUUAGACCUUAGUCCCGACAUGACUGAAGUGACUGUAGAACUGUAGUACUGUAGAGCUGUAUCCACUUGUAUCCACCUUUGGCUACGAGUCCUAGGUAGUUUGUAACUAAUAAGUGUGACUAGUCACGACCCGAUUUAGCAUUACGCCUAGCCUAAGUUCGAUGCUCCUGUAAUUGUUAAUAAAUUACACUCUUUUGUGCAUACUCCCUAA